AUAUCCCACCCCUUAAAAAAUGAAUGGGGCAACAUUGUUGGCGGGGAAAGUGAGAGGACCACAAAAUGCCCCUUUAGCUACUCUCUCUCGUUUCAAACGCCAUUAGAACAUAUAUCAUCUCCCCCUACAUGCCCCCGCCCCCUCGGAUUAUCCGACGACGUUCCGUACAAUCUCAGUCGCCGUCGAUUGAAACAUAACAAGAGCAACGAAGAUGGCUGCAGCCGCCGCUAGUCUCCAAGGCGGCUCCGCCUCCCCCUCCGCCUUGUCCCCGUGGAACCAGCUCCCCGCCGGUUCCUCCCCGUGGACCCACGAGCACGCCGCCGCCGCCGAGACGGCCUCGACCGCGGAUGUCCGGGAAACCUCCCUCGUCGGCUCCCUCAUCCGUGAAGAGGGCCACAUAUACUCCUUGGCCGCUUCCGGCGACCUCCUCUACACCGGAUCCGACAGCAAGAACAUCCGGGUCUGGAAGGACACCAAGGAGUACUCCAGCUUCAAGUCGAACAGCGGCCUGGUCAAGUCCAUCGUCAUCUUGGGGGACGACAAGAUCUUCACCGGCCAUCAGGACGGCAAAAUCCGCGUCUGGAAAUUCGCCGACCAGAAGAAGAAGACCUACAAACGCCUGGGAAGCCUCCCCACCACGAGAGACUCCCUCAAAAGUUCCAUGAACCCCAAAUCCUACGUCGAGAUCAACAAGAAAAACAAGAAUGCCCCGCGGAUCAAACACCACGACGCCGUCUCGUGCAUGAGCUUGGACGAGGAACAAGGGCUGCUCUACUCCGGCUCAUGGGACAAGACCAUCAAGGUCUGGAAACUAUCCGAGAACAAAUGCGUCGAAUCAGUCAACGCCCACGAUGACGCGAUCAACGCAUUGGUCGUCGGCUUCGACAGCCUGAUCUUCACCGGAUCGGCCGACGGAACCGUGAAGGCUUGGAGGAGGGAGAUGUCGUCCGCCGGCGUGAAGACGCCCACGGCGACGAAGCACGUGCUGGUAGACACGGUGCUGAAGCAGGACAACGCGGUGACCUCCCUCGCCGUGAACAUCUCGGCAGCGAUGGUCUACGCGGGGUCAUCCGACGGGCUGGUCAACUUCUGGGAGAGGGAGAAGAGCUUCAUGACUUACGGAGGGGUUCUCAGGGGUCACAAGCUGGGCGUGCUCUGCCUCGCAGCCGUGGCGAACCUGGUGCUCAGCGGUUCCGCUGACAAUAGCAUCUGCGUGUGGAGGAGAGAGGAGGGGGCGGUCCACGUGUGCAUGUCAGUGUUGAACGGUCACAGUGGGCCCGUGAAGUGCUUGGCCGUUGAAGCGGAGAAUGGCAAAGACGCCGGGGAGCAGCGGUGGAGCGUGUACAGUGGGAGUUUGGAUAAAUCUGUUAAAGUUUGGAGAAUAGUUCAGCCGGCGAAGCAGUAAACAGGAAAUGGAAGAUCAGACAGACCAUUUUACAGUCACAUACGUACAUAAUACUACCAUACAUAUAUUUAUAUAUAUUUGGACACACAGUAGCAGUUCGCAGAUAGAGUAGAGGGGAUGCAAUACUAAAAUCCCAAGAUUUUUUCCUAGUCCAACCAUUUCAUGUUUGGUAUGGGACUUUUGUGUCAUAAAAGGCAUUGUAAACC